CGCUGACCUCACGAACUUGAGAGACGGAGAUGUCUCGAGUUCACUUGCAAGAAGAGCUAGCGCAAUCGGGCGCGAAGGUCACCGUAGAGACGCAGCAUGGCACCAUCCGCGGUCGCCGCGCAGCUAAUGGAGCUGCGGUCUUCCUGGAGGUGCCAUACGCACUGCCGCCUGUGAGGUUCGCGGACCCUGUCCCUCUCCCAGCAGACUUUCGAUACGAAGAUAAGGAAUACAUCUUGGAAAGCAAAUAUGCUGCCCAGCCGAAGAAUGACGGACAAGCUGCAGGCAUACCAUUCGAGGACAAGGUUGGGCUUGGCGAGCCUAGCGAGGACCCGCUGUUCGUGAACAUCGUCGCGCCGCCCUCCUUCCCGGCCCAAGGCAACUUUCCCGUGAAGGUUUAUAUCCACGGAGGGUUCCUGCAAUUCGGGUCCCCGCACGGCCUGAGCGCGCAGGCACAAUUCGUCGCAGCAGAGCGCGGCGAGGUCUGGGUCAACAUAGGCUACCGGCUCUCAGCGUUUGGCUUCCUCGCCAGCGACGAGCCGAAGAUCGACGGAAACUUUGGGUUCAAGGACCAGUGGCUCGCGUUGCUUUGGAUCCGCGAUAAUAUCAAGGCGUUCGGCGGAGAUCCCGACAAUGUUCAGAUCACUGGGUUGUCCGCAGGCGCGCAUUCCGUGCACCAGCUGCUGCACCAUGCAUCUCGCCUUCCCGAUGGCGAAAAGGCGCCCUUCCAGACGGCCAUAUUAGAGUCUAACGCGAUCGUCACGACGCCCAAGACCCCUGCCGAAUCCCGUCCCCAGUUCGAAGCAUUUUGCCGCUCACUGCUUCUCGACGCCAAGUCCCCCGACAUCCUCGCCACGCUGCGGGACACCCAUCGCGUGCCCUGGUCUGCAAUCACCUACGCGAUCGAGAACGACGCGCUCGGCGCCGUGUACGGUACCUUCCGCGGUGCCUGGGAGCCCUCUUGGAUCGGGGCCUCGGAUACUAUGGAGUGGCAGCGCACGGGCGGGUUCGCGGCGGGCCUGAAGGCGCAUGGGGUGCGCGCGGUCGUCGUUGGGGACCUCACCGAGGAGUGGUACAUCUACUCGCUCUCGCACCCCGUGAAAGUGCCCGGGGACAUCGAGGUCAGCCUCGAGCGGUACUACAGGGCAGAGGUCGUACACAAGAUGCUGGAGGUGUACGGGAAGCUACCGACGGACUCGGAGGAGGUGAAGAAGGUAUUUGGAAGGCUGUUGGCGGAGGGGCAGGUCCAUCUGCCUGUGAGGCUGCUUGCGCGCGAUUUGGUGAACGCAGGCUAUCCGGUGGUGAGGUACGAGAUUGCGUGGACGCCAGAGCAGGUUCGGCCGUUCGGCUAUGUUACACACGGCACUGACCGUUCGCUGUGGAUGAUCCGGUUGCCCAUCCUCGAAGGCGACCAGGUCGGCAUCGCGCGGAAAUGGGUCUCCACGAUCGCCGACUACGUGAAGCGAGCGGAGGAAGGCCACGGAAUAGCGGAUGCUAAGGUAGUGCUCGGGUUGACGAAAGAGAAGGAAAUUAAGGAGAAGCCGGAUGAGUUGUGGGAUGAGUAUAUGCUGUUGCGAACGACGCUCCCGGGAGAGGAGUAG